UACAGUAAAAAUUACUGUUAUUUAACUGCUGUCAUGUUUGCUGAUAUGGAAUAUGAGGAUUUUGGGAUUGAGCCUAUGGAUACAUCAGACACUCCUUGGUACUGGUUCUACCAAGCAGAAUGUGGCAUUUGGCACAGAAUUGAGGACGAUCCAAUAAGUUCCCUCACCAGCUCAGAAUUGGAGAGGUAUUACUUGAAAAACCCCCAAGGAGUUUUAGAUAUUACUGCAGCAGGAGUCCGCUUUCAAAUAAAUUUCUCAGAGCACACGCAGACCACCUUAACAACAGGGAAGACAAGAAAAAUAAAGCGCGCUACUGCUACUGAACGUACUUUAAGAUGUAAAUGUGCUGACCAGGCACCAUCUGUUCCAGCUCACUGGGAAAACAUGGACCCUGAGAAACCUUAUCAGGCUUUUUGUCUGAAUCAGGACACAAACGAGUUUAAGAAAGUGGAGAAAUACAUUCAGGAAAUGGGUUUACUGCAUAAACCGAUUAAAAACAUUUACAGAAUACAGAACGUGGACCUCUGGGAGUUGUACUGUAGGAAAAGAGCACAGCUGAAGAAAUUAAAGGGUCAACCUGACAUUGAAGAACAAAUGCUGUUUCAUGGCACGAGCAGAGACAAUGUACAUAGCAUUUGUUUGUACAAUUUUGACUGCAACCUCUCUGACCAGAAAAGGCGUGCUCAUAUACUCGGCAAAGGUAGUUUUGACAUUUUCUUUGUUUUCACCUUGUUAAAAAUAUUUUGGAGAUUACACAAGAUGUACUUCUCUUUUUCUUUAGGGACCUACUUUGCAAAACAUGCAUCAUAUGCUGCUAAUUACAGCUUGAUUGCCAAACCAGGAGUCAAUACCCUCCAAAUAAUGUUCCUUGCACGUGUGACUGUAGGAAAAUAUAAGCAGGGACAGUCUGAUCUCUGCAAACCUGAUGGUGACCAAAAAGAGAACAUACAUGACAGUUGUGUAGACAAUGAAAUGUACCCCAGAAUUUUUGUUAUCUUUGAUUCCAAUCAGAUAUAUCCUGAGUAUCUGCUCGAGUAUGGGUGCUAAUAAGUGAAAAUGCAUGAAAGAAAUUACAGAGGAAUAACCAAGUAGUAAAUCUACUGAGUUUCUGAGCUAGCACUUCACCACAGACCAUAAAUCCUUAGUCUGUUGCUGAAAACAUGCUUCAAGUUCAGCUGUCAAUCAAGACCCUACGUUUUGUAGCACCACUCUCACAACCCUGCUGGGAACACAUUGCGACCCCAGGUUACAGAUCCCUGGGCUAAAUAAUGUUGUUCUUGUACUAGUAUUACAGUUCUAUAAGCAACUCUAAAACAUCCAAAGAGCAGAAGGUUCAAAACAAAUUUCUUCAGUUAGUCAACAUGACCAUCUAAUGAAAUCAUUUAUUUCAUAACUGGACAGCAAGUAGUCUUGAAAGCAAAAACAUUCUGAAUGUCCAGCAAGACUGGAUCUGAAAGCCCAUGGACACUAUUGGUGCCUUUUCUCUUUUUACAAAAAAAUCAAAAUAUUAAAUUAUUUCCUAAACCAUGUUCAUCAAAACCCCUAAAGCCCUAGUAAGGUGCUUGUUUCUUCUUUUAAAGUAAACACUCAAACAUCUUGAGAUAAUAAUAUUGCACUGAAUUUCUUUGAGAGCACUUCCUCCCUGUUUGUUUAUUUGAAUCUUAUAAUGAUAAAAACCCACAAUCCAUGAAUUAAUCAUUCCUCAAUAUUCUUGACUUGGUAAAACCAGCAUGAUUA